UGGGAGAUCAGCACGUGCGCGGGCCGAAAAAAAAAUUGCGAGAGAGGACGAGACCGAGGACCAGAAAUGGCGGAAGGCCCAUACCAUUUGUAGAUUACGACGGGAGUACAGUCACCUUUGCGGUUCCUCUUUAUCCACAUCCUCUAAGGAAGACUCUGGCUACCAGUUACAUUCCCAGAAGAGUUUGUAGACACGUGAGGACAGCCGAAGUUGAUCUCCAAGAAGGACCUCUCCCCGUUUGGACGCCCGAGUUUUCCCCUGAGGAAGUGACUGUAGAUUCUACCAACCUGGUGUUUUCUUGGCGUCAGUCUCGUGUAGGUAUAUACCUUGGACCGUGUUGAGAAACAUGGAGGCUGUCGCAUUACACGAUUUCCACGCCACCGCGGAGGACGAGCUCUCCUUCAAGAAAGGCUCAGUACUCAAGGUUCUCAACACUGAGGAGGACAAGCACUGGUACAAGGCCGAGCAGGACGGGAAGGACGGACUCAUACCAAAGAAUUACAUCCAGAUGAAGCCCCAUGAGUGGUACCGUGGCCGAAUAACACGAGCGAAGGCAGAGGAGAUACUGAGUCAGCAGCCUCACGACGGAGCGUUCCUCAUCAGAGAGAGCGAGAGCACUCCCGGAGACUUCUCACUAUCUGUCAAGUUCGGUUGGGGUGUUCAGCACUUUAAAGUCUUGAGAGACGGAGCUGGAAAAUACUUUCUGUGGGUGGUGAAGUUUAACUCCCUCAAUCAGCUGGUGGAGUAUCAUCGAACCUCCUCAGUCAGUCGGACUCAGACUAUCUACCUCAGAGACAUGGUGAAAGAGGUCAGUUAA